ACAUUCACAAGGUCUCAUUUUGAUUCCCUUUUCCUCUCUCUCUCUCUCUCUCUGGCAGUUUUUUGUUUUCCAUUUUUGGUUUUAUUUUUUUUUUUCCUUCCAUUUUUUUGGGUUUUCUUUGUUCGUAGGGUUUCUCAGAGUUCCGAGGAAAGGCAGGGUGUAUACAAGUAUAGGAGAUGUUAGAGCAGUUACUAAUAUUUACCCGAGGAGGAUUAAUCCUCUGGACGUGUAAAGAGCUUGGAAAUGCUCUUAAAGGAUCACCAAUUGACACCUUGAUCAGGUCUUGUCUUUUGGAAGAGCGAUCUGGUGCAGCAUCAUACAACUAUGAUGCCCCAGGUGCUGCAUACACGCUCAAAUGGACCUUCCAUAAUGAGCUUGGCCUUGUAUUUGUCGCUGUGUAUCAGCGGAUUCUCCAUCUAUUGUAUGUGGAUGAUUUGCUUGUGAUGGUAAAGCAUGGGUUUUCGGAGAUAUAUGAUCCAAAACGAACGGACUAUGGUGAUUUUGAUGAAACUUUUAGGCAACUGAGAAAGGAGGCUGAGGCUCGGGCUGAGGAUUUGAAGAAAUCAAAGCAGGUGGCGGGCAAGCCUCUAAAUAAUAGUAAGAAGCAAGGGCAGGUGCAAAAUGGUGGAUUUGAAGGAGUUGGUAAGAAAAAGAGCCAAGGUAAUUUGGCCAAUGAUGGUGAGGAUGGUGAUAAUAGGAAAGGUCAUAAAUUGGAGAAUGGACACUCCAAUGGUUAUCAUGUUGAUAGUGAAAAAACUAAGGUGAAUGGUGCUGCUAACGGUAUAGGAAAUACAAGUUCCGAUGCUGGGGCUUUUGAUGUAAAUAAGCUUCAGAAGCUUAGAGCUAAAGGUGGAAAGAAAACAGAAACUUUUGUUAGCAAGGGCUCCAAGGAAGAGUCAAAGAAGAAGAUAACAAAGAAGAAUAGAGUUUGGGAUGAUUCACCUCCUCAGGCAAAAUUGGAUUUUACAGAUCAUGUGGGUGAGAAUGGGGACAAUAUAGAGGUUGUUGCAGCGGACCAUGGUGAAAGUAUGAUGGACAAGGAAGAGAUCUUCAGCAGUGAAAGCGAGGAUGAAGAAGAUGAGGAGGAUGUGGGGAAGGACAGCAAGCCUGAAACCAAGAAGAAGGGGUGGUUUUCGUCAAUGUUUCAAAGUAUUGCGGGCAAAGCAAAUUUGGAGAGGUCAGACCUGGAACCGGCUUUGAAAGCUCUCAAGGAUAGGCUUAUGACCAAGAAUGUGGCUGAGGAGAUAGCUGAGAAACUCUGUGAAUCAGUCGCAGCAAGUCUUGAAGGGAAAAAGUUGGCUUCAUUCACAAGGGUAUCUUCAACAGUGCAGGCAGCAAUGGAAGAAGCUCUUGUACGAAUCUUAACUCCUAGGCGCUCUAUUGACAUAUUGAGGGACGUGCAUGCUGCCAAGGAACAGAGGAAGCCGUAUGUUGUUGUUUUUGUUGGCGUGAAUGGAGUUGGGAAAUCUACUAAUCUAGCCAAGGUUGCCUACUGGCUUCAGCAGCAUAAGGUCAGUGUCAUGAUGGCUGCUUGUGACACAUUCCGAUCAGGAGCUGUUGAGCAGCUACGGACUCAUGCACGAAGACUCCAGAUCCCUAUAUUUGAGAAGGGCUAUGAAAAAGAUCCUGCAGUUGUAGCAAAGGAAGCAAUCCAGGAGGCAACACGCAAUGGUUCUGAUGUUGUUCUUGUUGAUACAGCUGGUCGAAUGCAGGAUAAUGAACCGUUGAUGAGAGCACUCUCAAAGCUUAUUUACCUUAACAAUCCAGAUCUGGUCUUGUUUGUUGGAGAGGCACUGGUUGGAAAUGAUGCUGUUGAUCAGCUUUCAAAGUUCAAUCAGAAAUUAGCUGACCUUUCGACCUCACCUAAUACUAGAUUGAUAGAUGGGAUCUUGCUCACCAAGUUUGAUACCAUUGACGAUAAGGUGGGAGCUGCACUUUCAAUGGUUUACAUAUCUGGGGCACCAGUCAUGUUUGUUGGGUGUGGACAGUCAUAUACAGAUCUCAAGAAACUCAAUGUCAAAUCAAUUGUCAAGACCCUCCUUAAAUGAAAAUGUUUGCUGGUCUCAUCCUUAUUUGCGUGCUGUGUCUGUCAGUUAUGAACAUGUAUGUUGCUGCUGAACUUCUAUGUCGUCCCCUUUGUUACCCAUGAACUUGCUGGAGGUGAAUCAGCUGCUUGCGGCUGUAAUAGUUAUCUGAUGUGUUCCAUUGUCA